AACAAAAAAAAGUGUAGCAUAUAAUUGUCGAAACACUGAGGACGAAAGAGUGAAAGACUACUUUUUUAGCUUUCCACUUCCGUUUAGUGGAAACCUAACUCCUCUUCUCAAAUCCUCUUUGUAUCCCCCAUUGCUUUAUUUAUUUAUAUGCAGAGAAGAAGAGUUUUGUUGAAAGAAAGGUAAUGAAAAAUCAGGUUUUGGGAAAGACUAGUAUUGAAGAUUUUAAUCAAAGAUGGUUUUUUCUUCUUGCAUUUCUCAGCCUUUCUCUUCAUCACCUCUCUCGAUGAUGAAACGGAACCUUACGGCUAAAAGAUCGGAACUUUGUAUUGAUUCUUCAAGAAUUAGAUUAGAUAAUCGUUGGAGCUUCAUCGGAGGAUCAAGAAUCUCACUUCAGCACAAUGUUUCAUCCAACUCUUACUCUCUAGUUCACAAGAGAUGCUCCAGCAUACAAGCUUCAUGGUUAGCUACAUCUCAGAUUGCAAGCAGUGUAUUUGCAGUUGGAACUACUGCGGUUCUUUCCUUUUAUACUCUAAUGAUUGUAGCUCCAAAAGCUGAAAUUACCAAGAAGUCUGUGGAGAGUGGCAUACCGUAUAUCAUCUUAGGCGUGUUAUACGCGUAUUUGUUAUACCUUUCUUGGACACCUGAGACUCUCAAAUACAUGUUUUCUAGUAAAUACAUGUUGCCAGAGUUGUCCGGAAUAGCGAAAAUGUUCUCUAGUGAAAUAACUCUUGCUUCUGCUUGGAUUCAUCUUCUUGUUGUCGAUCUUUUCGCAGCCAGGCAAGUUUAUAAUGAUGGUUUACUGAAUAAGAUCGAGACAAGGCAUUCUGUUUCGCUUUGCCUUCUCUUCUGCCCGGUUGGAAUCGUUUCGCAUUUCGUAACCAAAGCUUUAACCAACAACCAGAGCAAGUGAACCAGGCGAUCUUGGUCUUAUCAUCGUCUUUCUUAACUGCUCAUAAAAAUUUGUUAUGAUGGUUUCAUUGUACUUUAAACGAGUUUGUAAUGGAGUAAGUUGUCAACAGAAUCAAUGAGACCAAGUGUUUAAGUAAGUUUACUUCAUGAGGA